UUCGCGAGGAGGAUAGGGCCAAGUUGUUGGAGUCAUCCCACGCUUGGCUCGGAGCCUCCACAUCGAGUAUAGCAGCAGACAGCUAUCAGUAUCAGCUGCAGUCGAUGUGGCAGAAGUGCUGGAACACCAACCAGAGCCUGGUGCACAACCUGCGCUUUCGCGAGCGGGGCCCGCUCAAGUCCUGGCGACCGGAGACCAUGGCCGAGGCGAUCUUCAGCGUCCUGAAGGAAGGACUGUCCCUGAGCCAAGCGGCAAGGAAAUACGACAUCCCGUACCCGACCUUCGUCUUGUAUGCCAAUCGAGUGCAUAAUAUGCUGGGUCCGAGUGCCGACGGCGGAGCCGAUCUUCGUCCAAAGGGCAGAGGCAGACCGCAAAGGAUCCUGCUGGGCGUUUGGCCGGACGAGCACAUUCGCGGUGUGAUCCGGGCGGUGGUGUUCCGCGACGGGCAUUCGCCGCAUAUGGUGAAGGAAGAGCCAACUUCGAUGUACCCGAGUUUGGCAAAUUACGCGGCGUGCAACGGCCCCGAAGGCGCGGUCAGCCCCGGAGCGGCAGCCGCGGCCGCGGUUGCUGCGGUCGCUCAAGGGCUGCGGCAUCAGAUGUGCAGCAUGGUGGCGGCGGCGCACUCGCAACAGCACGACAUGAUGGCGACCAACCUGUCGACGAACCUGUCGGCGAACCUGUCGACCAGCCUCUCGUCGAAUCUGCAGGCAGCUAUGCAGGCCAGCCAGCAUCAUCACAACAGCAACAACAGCGGGCCGGUGAUCGGCAGCAACAACGGUAGCGGCGUCAUGGGCGGAAACAGCGGCAACUCGCCGUUGAAUCUCGGCCUGGCCAGCCCGGGAUCCGGCGGCCCGCCAGAGAGCCCGAUGGAGAGCCCGUUGGCGAGUCCGCUCGGCCCUCUCAUGGACCCUGGACACAUACCAAGCAGCGUGGAGGUCGGCAUCGGCGUCAGCGGCAUGACGUACAAGCCCGCGCGGAGCUUCGUCAGCCCGCGGCCGGAGAAUCUCUUCCAGGAGGACAUCGCGGAUCUCGUCAAGAGCCCCCACGGGCUCAAGGACAAGGACAAGAUACCCGUGAAGCUGGAGCCGCUGACGGACUCGCGUUGCGAAUAGUAAGCGGAAGGCGCUCGAAAUCGAACGAGCUAAUCGUUGGUAGCCCGUUGAAUCGACAGAGAGAGAGAGAGAGAGAGAGAGUGAGAGAAAGAGAGAGAGAAAGAGAGAUAGGUAGAUAGAUAGAUAGUCGGCGAUUCCAACUGGCUUCUCGCAAAAACAAAACGCCGAGUCAGACGAGAAUGGCUCGCCAUACGGACUGAUUCGGACACGCACAGCCGCGGGUGUGAUCGAUUCGCUCAGCUCGCGACGAAAUCUCGUAACAUCUCGCGACGAGCUGGCGAAUCGAGCAUCCCGUGAUUCCAAUCGACGAACGCUCCGUAUUCCGACCGACUCGUCGACCGACCAACCAACCAACCGACAGAUCGACCGACCGACCGACCGACCGACCGACCGACCGACUGACUAUUCGUCCUCGCGACGAUACCAGAGCAGUGUACGCCAGCGUACGGCUCGAGAGUUAGAAUCAAAACGGGCAGAAGAAAGGGAAGAAUUGAAGAUUGAGAGAGAGAGAGAGAGAGAGAGAGAGAGAGAGAAGAAAAAAAAGAAGGAGUGACCGGCGAGCCAUCAGAAAGGGCAACGAACAGAGCCACUCGAUCGAUGCUCGAUCCUCGAAUCUCAUUGUCAAACCAAAACUCCCUCCCGACUCGGGGCAUCGAUCGCGAUCGCUCGGCCGACUCCGACGCAGUCUCGAAGGCCGUCUAUUUUAAGGUAAAACGUUCGAAACGUGGUUUGACAUUGCUCGACGAGCAGGCUGUCCUCGCAGUUGGACAGUUCUCGUUGGACGAAGGGCAACUCGUCCCGGUUGCGCGGCGAAGCAGACGCGCGCGAGUAGAAACGAGUGGAGAUUCGCGCGAGAGAGACACGCCCUUACAGACAGACUCGAUAGAUAUAUAUAUAUAUAUAUAUCAAUGCCUAUGCGAUAACCUGUACGUUUAAUAUGCCAAAUGUAUAGUAAUUGGGAAGCGAUCUCGUGGCACGAGCCAGGUCGCCGCGUACGAGCAACGGGCUCUCAGGGCCGAAAAACAAACGCGGCGAACAAAUGCCCGGAAACUUCUCGCAACGCGGUUCAACGCAGAUCGCAGAUCGCAGAAACGAAGGAACGCGAGUUGUAAAGUGAGACGAGACUGGUAUAGCCGUUUCGUAGAACGGGGAGGAUCGAUUCGAGAAACGUUGCGCUUCCGAAUAAAAAAGAAGAAAAAAAAAUGAAAAUAAAAAGAAGAAGAAGAAGAAGGAGAAAAAGGGGGGGAAAAAAAUAGUCGUGAAGAAUCUUACGAAAGCGAAGAAAGAUGUACAAAAUUCGCUUGCCGACUGUUCGUCGAUGAUCGACGACGACGACGUAGACGAUGACGAGAAAAAUGUCUUUACGGAACGAGAAAGAGAAACAAAAGUUGCGUUCGAUCAAUUCGAACGCAAGUCAGCAUGCAAAAGGGAGAACAAAACUGAUUGCUGUACUUUAUUAAGUGUAAUGAUUGCCUUCCUGCCAUAUUUGGGGUAUGCCAAGUAUAAAAAUUAUAAGGUUUAGAGAUUAGGGAAAACGAAAAAAAAAAAAAAAAAAAAGAAAUUAAUGACGACACUCUACCGUGAAAUUCAUUAAAUUUGGGACAAGAGAGAGAGAGAGAGAGAGAGAGAGAGAGUGUGUGUGUGUGUGUGUUGUGUGCGUGUGCGUGUGCGUGUGGAUGGACGGGCGAGUGCUGCGUGCCUGUGUCGAACCUCGUUCGGAGCGAACGAGGAUAAGGCGUGUGUGCGUGUGAAUGUUUUCUUUCGGGAAGAUCGUGCUAUUUUUCAAAAUUUUACAUGUUCGACGCGUACGCGACUUUUCGCGAAAAGAAACCCUCGAUCCUCGACAAUCGAAGAACGAUACGAGGCGUAACGGACGUAGUAGCCGCCUUCCAUUUCCCGGGAUCGUUUUCGAAUAUCCUAGCGCGGAGAAGAUCGAUCGUGCCAGCUCCACAGACUCUGUCGGGAUAUCGUUUUCAACGAUUCUACGCGUCUACUCCUCGAUCGUUCUUGCCUACAAACCCCGCCGUACAGAGAUCUCGUGCGACGCCGAGCGUCUAGGCGCGAGCGAGUUCGUAAUCGAAUCUUAGUAGUCAUCCUAGAAACAGAAAGAGGGGCAAGACGGAAAGAGAGAACGUGAGAGAACAGGAUGGACAAGUUGGACGGGAAGAAUGAGAGAGAGAGAGAGAGAGAGAGAGAAAAGGGAGCGCGUGUGUGACAGAGAGAACGAAACUUUCUAAACAACAAAAAAAAAAAAAGAAAAAAAGAAAAAAAAGCAAAUUUUUUUAAAGUUGGCACACUGGUUCGAGUGACUCUUUGUAAGUAUUAAAACGUAAACAAACAAAACAAACAAACAAAAAAUUCGAAGUGGCCUUCUGUAAAAGGGAAAGACCAUCGCUUUUCGCUUUUGCUCGAGAAAAAAAGAAAAAGUAAAAAAAAAGAAAAAAAAGGAAAAAAGAAGACAAAGAGAAUGAAAGGGCGUUAUAGGCUGUCGUCCAUCGUGUUGUACGUUGUUUAGGCAGCUUUUUCUUUUUUUUUUUUUCUCUUUUUUUUUCUGGAGAAAAAAACGUUCUCGCGCCACUCCCCUACGAAAAAAAGCUUUAACGACGGUUCGUACGAAAGUUUUCCGCUGAGGAAUUUCGAUUAGCAAGUUAAUCAUCGGCGAUUAGAAUAUUAAUUCGGGACAAACUCUAAAGGAAAAAAAAAAAAAGAAAAACACGUUAUUCUUGAUACUGAAAGACUUUUGGAUGAAAAAACGAAGAAAAAUAUUCGGCGUGUGUUCAGUCGACGAGGAGAGAAGAAAAAAAAAAUGUGCCGAAGUGGGCGCGUUUUCAUUUUUUCGUGAAAAAUCGGUAGAGAACGCGCGAGAAAGCGAUCGAUUAAGGAGGAAAAGGAGAGAAACUGGCGGGUGGGAGGGGAGGAACGGAAAGGAAGGAUCGCGAAUUUAAAAAGAUUUUAUUACGAUUUAGGCUUAAUGUGUUCAACGAGAAGGUAAAUUUGAACGAAACCAGGCGGCGCAGGUUGAAGCAAAAGGAGAAAUUCGCGAGUCAAAGCGCGAGGAGAUGGGGGAGGGGGGAGGGAGAUUGAAAGAAGAAAGGAAAAAAAUAUAAUUCAAAGAGCCGCGAACGAAAUUGCGAGAAAGAAUUAGCGGAACGACAGAGAGAGAGAAAGAGAAAGAGAGAGAGAGAGAGAGAAAGAGGUUAGGGAGAGUGUGCGAGAGAGAAAAAAAAUAGGAUGGGGCAUGUGAACAGGCGAGAAUGUGGAAAAAGAUUAAAAUUAAUAUUGUAUAAAAAAGAAAAAAAAAGUAGCAAGUGCCUUCCAAACAAAAAAAAAAAAAAAAAAAUUUACGUGUCCCGUAGACCGUGACCACUUGUGCGUGAUGGAAAGUCAUUCAAAAUUUCGCAUCGCCGGAUAAAUCUCAUUUGCGACAGAUAGUGAAAGAAAGAAAAGAGGAAAAAGAAAAAACAGAAAAGAAAUGCAACAGAGAACACAGAGAAAAUCAGAAAACCAGAAGUACAGAUGAUACAAAGAUACAAAAAGAAUUAUUUGUGGGGACGUUGCGUAAAAAAAUGAGCAUCUCUUCGUUAGAGUACACACAGUACGUAUAUAUAUACAUAUAAAUAUAUAUUCAUAUUCUCUUCGUCUCGUCUCGAAAUCUUGGCGACGCUGCGCGAUUUCUGCGAAGAUUAAAAACAGCACGGUUAUAGUCGAGGAUAGAAUCAAAGGAGGAACUCGAAUAUUUUGCGAAAAUUUUUGGCUUUUCUUUGAAAACAAUACGACGACGAUCCGACCCUGAUCGAUCCUGUGUCGGAAUCUCCAAGCUGAUUUGAAACCGAUUCGGGCCGGGUCGGCAACAGGGAAUCUCUUCUAUAUCGAUUACGCAAUGUGUCUACGAAUCGUUUGUGUGCGUGUAGAGCGAAUGAAUAGAAUCUACAAGCAAAAAUACCCGACAAAAUUUCUGUUUUGGAUCAACUCACCACCGGUAAUACCCUGAAUGGCAUAUUCUCGUAAACGUUUCUUUUCGAUUCGCUUGUACGAAAGAACGGAAAUGGAUGGUAAACAGAUGAGAUAGGAGGAGGAAUGAGCGGGACGGGAUGGAAUGGAACGGGAAGGGAGGGGUGGGGUGGGGGGAGCGAUUGAUGGGAGCGGGGAGGUUCAAGGGGGAGGGGAGAGCGUGUAACUGAAUUAUCACAGAGAGGGGACGGAUAUUUCGAGAAUCUUUCGUUUACGCAUUUUGAUAUAUCUGUGAACAGAUGAAGAAAAAAAACAAAGAUACUUAUAUUACAUACAUAAGGUGUAAGUGAAGAAAAAAAAAAAAUGCAUCUAAUACGCUAUUAUUGAUAUAGGACACAAAGUAAAGUAAAUAUAUAUGAGACAAAAAAAAAAUAUAUAUAUACAUAAAUUGAUAUAUUGAUGCUAUAAGGUUGCUGCUGGAUGCGUUUUACGUUGAAGGAAGAUGAUGCUGUUUUCCGUUCAAACGUCGUCGAGGACGAAACAAAAGUUCACGGGGAGAAUUAAGUUAGACAAAAGUAAGGAUCUUAGAGUCGAAGACAAAGUAGCUCUUAGAAUUUUUAUCGAGGCAACAUAAGGACGGACGGGCGUGACGCUAGUAUACUACUACUUUCGAGAGAAAAAAAAAAAACCCACACAUUUGUCCUCGUGGCUUGUAUGUACGUUUCACUCGCUUAUCGAUCGGUCUCUCGGGUUCUUCCGUCUUCUCGAUCCGUCUUGCGCGUCCGUCUUCCCCCGAUUUCCUGGGGAAAUACGUGCGAACGCUCGCAAAAUCCGUGCCGGGAGAACGUAACGCGGCCAGCAAGAUCGAUCGAAACGAUGGAGAUCCGCGAGAGAUCUGUUCCGUGGAAACACUGCUGCUAUUGUAGCGAGGAUCCACGCGAGUCUCGAGAACUCGUGGAGGAGAGCGUGGAAAAGUUGGUGAGCGAGACGUGUUCGGCCGCGGGACAACCAACAACAACAACAACAACAACUACAACACUCGGCCGCAGUUCCACUUGCGAAACAAAAAUUUCUAACCAAAUCGUUCUACGAAGAAUCGAAGGAUACAAUUGCGAAAACAGGAUCUGAAAUGUAUCACGCACGCGCCGAAUCUUUCCUUUAUUUUCGCCUUAGCUUCGAGAUGUAAUGUCUUAUAUUAUAGUAACGAGAUCGACCCGACGUACGCGCCACACUUGUUCCACAGUGAAAGGAGAAAACACCGGAAAGAAAAUACAAGCAGACAGACCGUAAAGGGUAAAAACGAUAAAAUGAAACAUAGUAAUCCCCGUACCCGCGAUUUACGACUAGUUUACAGGAUGUAACACGUAACUGCGUUUACUAGAGGGCGUUACGGCAGCGGAAGGGAACGCGAUCGAGAAACAACCGAGAUUUCUUCGACUCGCGUUUCUCUGCUGUAGCAACGGCCAAACAUUCGAGACUAAACUAGGUGGCAUCCUAAUUUACAGAAACUAUUAGUCGAACAAUAGAAACCGCACAUUUUUCAGAAUCCGAUUAUUUAAUCGUAUACACCCGGCCGUGAGCCAAUAUCCGACACAACGCGUUAACCAACACAAGCGCACCCGAUCACUUCACCCGCGCGUUUUACGCCAUCACACACACGACACGGAACACUUACAUAUACGCAUACACGUACACGACACGUACACAGAGGAGACACGUCCGUGGAAACGCAAGACAGAAGAGGGUGAGCGAAGCAUUGAACACGAUAAGAUAAAGAAAGCAAGGAAGAAAGUAGCAUGCAAGAGAGGAGCGUGAAACGAACGAACGAAAGAGAAAUAGCGAGAAACAAAACGAAAUUGGAAACAAAAACAAAGGGGGGAAAAAAAACAGGUAUUCUUGGAACAGGUACACUAAAGGAAAACACACAAUAUGCUACGCGACAAACAAGCACAACCGCGCGUUCACUGUAAAUAGAAAAAGGAUGCAACAUUACCUAUUAUACGACAAAGUUCAUCUUUAUUAUCGUAACCUGUAAUAUAUUUAUUUGUCCGGUCGCAAAGGUAUUUUAUGUAAUUUAAGAUCCCCGAGCCUCUGUUUCAUUUGAAUUUGCCGCCAUGGUGCGUCAACGAGGCAUUGGUCGACGCGACAAGAGGUAGAAAGGCGUUCUUCUUUUGGUAUGAUAAAUAUUUUUGAAAGCACUUGCGAAUAUGCGUCGUGGAGUCGCGUACGGCUUCCGCGGCCAGUGCCUCGCGAUAAUUAGGAGCGAAAUCGAAAAGGACCACGUACAAUGAGUUCUCGCGAUCGAAGUUGAUCGUAGCAAUUUCCCGACCAGCUCUUACCUCGAAAUUUAGAAUCGUCUCCAAAUCGUUAUCGCGGCUGUUACGUACAGGUUCUCUAUAUCGCCUUUCAACUUCGAUCGCCUGAACCAGUGAACUGGAGUGUCUAACCGUCUUCGUUUCAGUUUCUAAUCUCAGAUCGAUUCGUUCGAAAUCGUCGCGCAGCUUACAAGUAGAAGACGCUCGCUGUCCAAGAACGACGACAAGCGGAAGUUUCUUUGCAGAUGGCGAUAGUUUAUAGUUACUAUUGUUUCUAUUUACAUUAAAAGCAAAGUAUUUCUUUUUUCAGUAGAUAGUCGAAUUGAUUAAACCGACACACUAUACGAAUAGUUGCGCGCGUGUUUUUUUUUUUUUUUUUUUUUUUUUUUAAAGAAACGCCCGACAUAUGUAUGUGUACCCGUGACGAAUCGCGAAGUGACGUUUGUUUCCGUUUUCUUCCCAACACCUCGGACACGAGGCUUUGGAAAUACAUACAUAGUUUUUGUUUAGUCACGGAUGCAAACAAAACCUGUCACCCAUUACGAAUUCCUCUUUUAUUUAUUACCGAUUAGCAUGUAAGAUGACGUUCUACCAACAUAUGCUAUAAUUAUAAAUACACCUUAUAUAUAGUGGAGUAAGCGUUACAUUACCUACCUACCCACCUACCUACCUAUCCGUGCUUGACGGGUGAAACAAACAGAUGAAUCACGCAAUCAUAUAUUUAAGUUGCUACUUGGCACGUAUACCUAAGUAAUAUACUAACAUAAACAGUAUGCAAUAAUAAAUAUGA